GUUCGCAGUAAGGCGAUACAUAGUAUGCCAGAUUUAUGUAAUUCUCUGCAGAUAGAUGGCCAACCUGAUUAAUAAACAGUCCUCAAUUGUUGUCAAGAAAUGAGGUUGUCAGACAAGAUGUGUCCUGAAUGGAUGAGUACUCCUCAUAGUAUGGGUACUUCUAUCAUGGCCGUUGAAUUCGAUGGUGGCGUGAUUAUGGGAGCUGAUUCACGUACUACGACUGGCGCCUACAUAGCUAACCGCGUGUCUGACAAAAUCACCAAUAUUGCGGAAAAUAUAUGGGUUUGUCGAAGUGGCUCGUCUGCCGACACACAAGCAGUAGCAAGCUACGUCAAGUGGUAUUUAGAUAUGCAUUCUAUUGAAAUGAACCAGCCUCCUUUGGUCAAGACUGCGGCUCUGCUUGCUCAACAGAUAUGCUAUAAUAACAAAGCUUACCUCGUAGCAGGACUGAUAGUAGGAGGAUGGGAUAGCACCUACGGUGGGCAAGUGUACCAGAUCACUCUCGGGGGAUUACUCCAAAGAGAAAAGUUUGCAAUAGGAGGCUCUGGAUCGACUUACAUCAUAGGGCACUGUGACAAACAAUACAAAGACGCUAUGACAAAAGAGGAAUGCGCACAAUUUGUAUCGGAGGCGCUGACUCUAGCCAUGCUUCGUGAUGGAUCAUCUGGGGGCAUUAUUCGAAUGGUCACAAUUACAAAAGACGGAUCACAAAGAAGUACAAUUCUUGGGAACGAGCUGUCUAUGGUUUGUUGAGUUGAUUUUAAAAGCAGGUUGAGCGUGGUAUUGCUAGUGACUAAUUGCACUUUGAGUAUUUUAUUAAUGCUGGCUGAAUGUGAAUAUCAUGAAAACUGCCAACCGCGACGGGUGCCAAGAUUUUUCGAGAAUAGAAUCAGAAUAUUUAACAUCGUUACCAAAACGAAAAAUUGUAACAAUACAACUGCAACGAUUUAUUAAAACAAACUCUCAUUCUCUCGCGA